CCCCGUUAAGAAUUUUGUCGUUUGUGUUUAUUAGUCACCUACCUUGCCGCCGAAUUAUUAAUCAUUUUAGUGAAUCCUUGUGCCCGUAUUGAAUUUUAAAAUAGUUUUGUUAACUGUGUUUGAAUAAUAUUAUUAUUUUUGUGAACCUAUAAGUUGUGUUACUCAUAGUUUGUUAAUGCAUUAAUUUAAAUAUAAUAUACCGGUACCGUGCCGUCUGUUAAAAAUAUUGUGCGUUCUGUAGUGUGUUAAGUUUGAGGGGUAAUCGGAAUCAUCAAUAUGUCCCAAAGAACAUCAAGGAAAGGUGGUGCUACAAGAAACACACCACAACCUGAUGAUUCUACAGCAAGUACAGCUAGUGAUAAAAGUAGAAGGACGGUGACAUUAAGUCCUACUAGGUUUAGUCGUAUUCAAGAGAAACAUGAACUACAGAAUCUCAAUAACCGUUUGGCCGCUUACAUAGAUCGAGUGAAGUACUUGGAAACAGAAAAUUCGAAGCUCACUCAUGAAUUGCAUUCGUGUCAAGAAAUAACUACAAAGGAGGUGACAAAUGUAAAAGUUCUAUUUGAAUCGGAACUAGAAGAUUUGAGAAAUGCUUUAGAUCGUGAAGCCAAAGAAAAAAGUCGCCUUGAAUUAGAAAAUCGACGCAAAAAUUUAGAGACAGAAGAACUUAAAUCAAAAUUAGAUGGUGUCAAUAAAGAAUUAAAAGAAGCUACUCCAUAUAUUGCACGAUUUAAUGAUUUAAACUCAAAAUUUGGACAAACUUUAAUUGAAAACAAGAAUUUAAAGGAUACAAAUAAGAAAUUGAUUAAAGAAUUAGCUGUUGAAAAGAAAAAUGUGAAAGAUAUUCAGAAAACAUUGGAAGAAGAAAUUUUACAAAGAGUUACAGCAGAAAACAAGUUGCAAAGUCUCAGAGAAAAUUACAAAUUCAAAGAAGAAGUACACAAACAACAACUUAAUGAUACUAGAACAAGUCGCCGCACAGAAAUUAUUAGUGAGGUUGAUGGACGUUUGAUGAAAGAGUAUGAAGAGAAGUUACAGUCUGAACUUCAUUUAUUGCGCCAACAAGCUGAAGAAGAUGUUAAACGGAAUAAAAAAGAAAUAUCAGAUCUAUUUGAUGGAAAAAUUCAAAAUUUGGAAAAUGAACUACAACGUAAAAAAAAAGCUGUAGAAUUGGCUCAGGAAGAUACUUCUGCUGCGAAUGCUCGUGUUAAUGAACUUACAAAACAAAUAAAUGAUUUACUUGCUACUAAUAAUGAUCUUUUGAGGAAAAUAGCUGAUUUAGAACGUCUGAAAGAAAGUCAAAGAACUAAAUAUUUGGCUGAGAUACAGAAUCUAGAUCAACAAUUGACAGCCAUGCAGGAUGACAUGUCUCUAAAAGUACAAGAAUAUCAAGAUCUUAUGGACAUAAAAGUAGCAUUGGAUAUGGAAAUUAGUGCUUACAGAAAACUAUUGGAAAGUGAAGAGAGGCGUUUAAGUAUUACUCCAAAUACUUCUGUAGUAGGAAGCCCAAGAGGCAAAAAGAGGAAAUUAUUUCAACGUGAUGACACAGAGUAUGAAACGUCAAAUAUUGUUACAGCUUCAACUACAAGUGAUAUAGAAAUAAGUGAAGUUUGUCCAGAUGGUCAAUUUGUAAAACUUUACAACAAAGGAACCAAAGAAGUAUCAUUAAGUGGUUAUGAACUAGUUCGCACUACUGCUGGUGAAAAUAUAUCAACAGUGUAUAAAUUCCAUCGCUCUGUAAAAAUAGGACCUGGAAAUUGGUUAACCAUAUGGUCAUCAACUGCCACCAAUCAAAUACAUGAACCUAAUGCUGGAACUAUUGUAAUGAAUACUCAAGCAUGGGUUGUAGGAGAUUUAAUGGCAACUUUACUUUUAAACUCAGAAGGACAAGAAAUUGCAACUCAUGAAUUAAAAAAAGGGAAGACUUCUCAUUUUAGAAGCGAUUAUGGUGAUUAUGAAGCUGAAUUGUUCCAUCAACCAGGUGAAGGUCAAACUGCAGAAAAAUGUACUAUAAUGUAAGAAUAUAAUUCUGUGCCAUCUUCAAACAACACACUAGUAAUUAAUCAGAGUUUAUCACGUGUUAAUUAUUGAUUUUUAUCAUCAUUAAUUUUUUUUUAAGCUAAUUAUUUUUUCUUUACUAAUAUUUAUUAUUUAACUGUAAUUAUGGCUAUUUUGUAUUUUGCUUUAGAAAGGUAGAAAUGAAUUUGUUCACAAAACUAUGUCUUUUAUAGAGGUAAUAAUUCUGUUUAAAAAAAAUAAGAAUAUUUUAUCUAAGAAGUUGUAAGACAUUGUGUUGUGACUGAUAUGACAUACUUGUGUUUUUUAAUUGUACUUUGUAAAAUUGGUGUAAAAUAUUAAGCCAAGUAUUCAUUAUAAAUUAAUUUUUUUAUGUACAUGAUUGUUUGUAUAUAACAAUCACCUGAUAUCUGAAAUUUUAUCAAAUAAUAAUUAUUAUUUAUCAUUACACUGAAUGUGUUACAUAAUAAUUAAAUUCCAAGAGAGAUAAUAAACUUUUAGUAGUUAAACAUAAUAAUUUUUAAAUAUUUAUUAGUGUCUUCCAAUAGUUACUCCAAAAUUUUGUUAUUUUGUUUUUUAAUUGUUCCAAUAAAAAUAAAGUAAAAUAGCAUUAUUUCAUAAAAGAAAUACUUUUUGAAUGUUAUAACUAAUAUAGUUUAGCAAAUGAUUUAUUUAUUUUAUUAAUUCACAUCUUGAAAAAUGUAUCAUUUAACAACCUUAAUGUUUCUAUUGUAACUCAUAUAUUUAAUUGUAUAUUUUUUUAAGCAUGUAAAAUGAAUAAAAAAUAUUAAGCUAAAUUAUUUGGUACCAACAUUGUACAAUUUAUAUCAAUGAUUAUUAUUUUUUAUGUAUAAUUUAUUAUGUUUUGAUUUAUUAACAAAAAAAUUUAGUUUGCUUUUCUAUGUAGUUUUAAAAAUGUUAAAAUUUUAUCCAUGCACUGAAAAAGCACUUAAUUUGGAUAUUUUUUAGUUAUAUUUUUAACAUUAAAAAUUUUUUUAUUUAUUUAAAUAAAACAAAUAUUUUUCUAA